UGUCCAUCUUGCAUCGUUGUACCCUAGAAGAAUUUGGCGGGCAGGCAGUGUCUCUCGUUGUGUGGAUGCAAUUCACAGAAACUCAUCAGAGCCAUUUCGUUUUUUUAACUUUAAGAAUAUACUCUUGUUUUAGACUCAAAAGAAAUGGCGAAAGUCCAUAUUGUUGAUGUCAAAGUGUUGAACAACCCAUGCCCAUUUUUCAGUCCAUUUCAAUUUGAGAUUGUUUUUGAAUGCAUCGAUGAAAUUCCAGAAGAUUUGGAGUGGAAGUUGACAUAUGUUGGUUCAGCCGAGAGUGCAGCACAUGACCAGAUUCUUGACACAGUAGUUGUCGGUCCAGUACCUGUUGGAAAGCACAAGUUUGUGUUUCAAGCUGACCAACCAGACCCUGAAAAGAUCCCCGUAGCAGAUGCAAUUGGAGUAACUGCUGUCUUGCUGACUUGCUCAUACAAAGAACAUGAAUUUGUCAGAGUGGGCUAUUUUGUCAACAACGAUUAUAUUGAUCCAGAACUGAAAGAUAAUCCACCUCCUGUUCCUCAAUUUGAUAAGAUGACACGAAACAUUCUUGAAGAACCACGCGUCACCCGAUUUAAGAUUGAUUGGGGUGGAGAAGUUCUUGAAGCAGCCAAUGAAGUGGAGAUGGAAACCCAAGCUGAAAUGCAAGAUAACGCUGAAAGCAGUCUUAUGGAGCCUCCACUCAAGUCGUACAUCCACAGCGAAUCCAGUCACAGCACGAUGGAAGUAGUAUAAGAGUUUUACUUAUUAUUAUUUCUCCAAUCCAGUGUCGGAUACCUCACUUGUUCUAUUAUUUUUCGAUUAACUUGCGUACUUGUAAAAUGUUCUACCCUGAAUUAGGAAAAUUCUUUUGAUGAAUAUACGUUUCUGUAAAAUUA